UGUUCCGUGUACACGUCAGCUUGCUUAACAUAUUUUUCAAUAUUGCUUGUUAAAUUAACUAGCUGAUAUUCAAUCGUGUAGUAUUAACUGUAAUAUUCAAUAAAAUCUUAAUUCAACUCACCAAAAUGCUGUACCUUGAAGAUUAUUUAGAAAUGAUUGAGCAUCUUCCUCAAGAAUUAAGAGACAGAUUCACAGAAAUGAGGGAAAUGGAUUUAUCAGUUCAGAAUAACAUGGACACAUUGGAAAAGCGAGUGCGCACUUUAUUUGGUGGGUGUCGACGUGGUGAGAUAAACACAGACCAAGCCAAUACAGAAUUUACUGAUAUAAAGAGAGGUUACAAUAAGACUCUCGAAGAAGCUGAUGAGAAAGUAACUUUGGCAAAUCAGAUGUACGACUUAGUAGACAGAUAUCUUCGUAGGCUAGACACAGAGCUUCACAAAUUCAAAUGUGAACUGGAAGCUGAUAAUAAGGGUGUAACAGAGCUUCUAGAAAAGCGCUCACUAGAUCUCGACACAAAUACCAAUCAUACCAGCACAUCAAAUAACAACCAUUAUAAGGAUAGCAGGUAUCGUAUUCGUGCUGAGAAACGUCGUGAUAGCUGGGCCACGCGAGACUCACGAGCUCACCAAAGCAAUGGAAGCAUUUCCAGAUCUGAAUCUGCUAUUCCGGCUGCACUGGGCAGAGAUUCAUACUCCUUGGGUCACGCUGGUAGUGCUAUCGCGGCUGCUGCAAGUCAAGCCAUAGCUGCUACACAACAGAUGCAACAAGGUCGACGCACCGCAUCGUUAAAGGCGUCAUACGAAGCAGUAGCUGGUGAACUGGCGCACCAAGCUCACCACCAUGCUCAUCAUUCUCACCACGACCACAGUCAAACCAUUCCAACAGCCCACACCCAGAGUACUAGUGCUCACUCAACCUCAACUACGUCAUCUAACAAGCGGCAUACCAAACAAAAGAAAAGCACCUACAGCUCUUCAAGCAAUGUUUCAUCACUGCAUUCCCAACAAUCUGUCUCAGCAGCUGCUAGCCGAUCUUCCUCUCCCACUGUCGGUGCAAUGAGUACUGUUGUAAACAAUGUAGCAAUCGAAGAACCAAUGGAGGAGGAAUGGACGUACGAUCCUAACGAGCCACGCUACUGCAUCUGCAACCAAGUGUCUUAUGGGGACAUGGUUGCUUGUGACAAUCAAGACUGUCCAUACGAAUGGUUCCAUUAUCCAUGUGUUGGAAUUACCGCACCUCCGAAGGGCAAGUGGUAUUGCCCGCAGUGCCAAACUAACAUGCGUAGGAACCGCGCACAUCGCAAGAACUGACUUCAACUACAUGCUGUUGUAAAGUUGAAACCAUUUUAAAUGUAAACUUUAAAUAAUAGAUAUUAAUGAUUAAUCGUGAUCACUUGCGAUCCAUAAUAAAACUUUUAAUACUCAUUACAUUAUUUCAUAGAAAAAUGUUUCAGUAUCAAUAGUCAUUUCAAUGUUUCAAGCUAUUGAUGUGUAUAACAAGCUUAAAAAUUACUUGAAUAUGUAAAAAUGAAAAUUUGCUUACUAUACUGACGGAUAUAAUGACAGGAUUGAUUGAUAUUAUAUAGAAAACAACAUUGCUGAUAUUCAAAUAAAAAAUGGUAAAGUUGUAAUCACCAGAAACAUUUGUAUUAUUUGUUUCAUAUAAAUUUCUUGUUUAUUAACAGCUUUUAUCAUCUAAGAAUUCCUACCUACUACGAAUUUUUGAUCUUUUUUGUGUUUUUGUAAUCAAAUCUAUAGAAUAUUUUUAAACUUAGCUAUAAAAAAUAUUAAUGCUUCUAGAAUUCAUUCACAUAAGAACAAAAGGCAAAAAUGUUAAGAACU